AUGGGAGUCACCAGGAAAAAACCAUCGCCCGUCAAGUUCGAAUGUGAGUACCAUUCCACUGUACGGCUGCCCGGCAAUCCGCCGAUGGGCACAGUGGACGUGGUGAUCGGCCGGGUGAUCGCCGUGCACAUCCAGGAUGAGGACCUCACGGACGGCAUCCUCGACAUUCGGAAAACUCAACCGAUUGCACGGUGUGGUUACUACCAGUACACGGUAGUCAAAGAUACAUUCGACAUGGUCAUCCCAGGCAUGUCGGAGGAUACACUGUAUGGGUUAGAGGGAAAUGCGAGGCGCAAUCGGGAGGCGCAAUCGCGGAAUGAGUAG